ACAGCCAAUUGUUAACUGGAGCAAAUCGAGAGGUACAGGUUUUCAUCGAGAGAGUAGUUAAAUAUAUAGAAGCGCUGCUUAGUGAUGGCAUACCACGUCAACUUUUGUGUUCUUUUCUUGGCGACGACGGUCACUUUGGUCCAGACCGUGCCUAGAAUCGUGGAUCUGAGCUACAAGCAAAAUAGGGAUUCCAUCACUUGGCCCUUAAACCCGUCUUAUAACUUCACGCAACUGUACCGGGGAUAUUCUGAGACUUAUAAGUUUUGGUUUGAAAACAAUCACUUUGCGAUGCCUGAACACAUGGGCACUCACAUAGACGCACCCGUACACACAGUAAAAGGAAUGUGGAGAACCGAUCAAAUCCCCAUGGAAAAUUUGUACGGAGCUGGGGUCAUCAUAAAUGUCAAGUCCAAGGCCGCAACCAAUCCGGAUUACAGGGUCACUGUUGAAGACUUAUUGAUGUGGGAGGAGAAGUACGGAGAAAUGCCACGACGCGCAGUCGCCAUAAUGAAUUCCGGUUGGUCGAGCAAGUACCCGAACAAAACACUCGUGUUUGGGUCCCCCGAACCCACAGAUAUUUCUACAUUGCACUUCCCAAGCUGGCACGAGGACGCUUGCACAUGGUUGAUAAAUAAGCGCCAAAUCAACGCUGUUGGAGUAGACACGCCCUCCACAGAUUACGGAAUGAGUUCGACCUACCCUUGCCAUACGCUACUGGGGAAAAACAGCGUCGUGGGGAUUGAAAAUGUGGCCAAUCUUGAUAACGUACCUGAAAGCGGGAGUACGAUUUACAUUCCGGUUCUGAACAUUGCUGACGGAAGUGGAGGACCUGCGCGCGUCUUCGCGACAUAUGAUGACGAACCUAACAAACCAAACGCCGCUGCCAGGGUUACUUGUUUCACGUUUUAUUUGUACACAUUGGCUGCUGUCCUCGUGUGUUACGUUCUGUAGUUGUACAACUUUGUAGUGAAAACCUGAUAUAUUGUUUACUUAAUUUUUAAGGGACUUGGACACGAUUUGAGCUCAACAUUUUAAAUUUUAAUUUUCCAUUUUUAAUGUUUAGAAUGGUUAGUAUGCUUUUUAUAAAAUUAGAAAAUCAGAUAUUGAGUUAUAAGCAAGAUACAGAGUUUGGAAUUCUUUGUUUUGUAAACAAAGCUCGAGCCUUUUUGUUGUUUACAUAUGUGUUUUAUUUGUAUAAGUUUCAGUCAAAUGUUGUUUUCUUUUAUUGAUAAUGUAUUUUAUAAACACAUUGAACAAGUUUGC